AAAAAAAACACCUUCUUUCACCUACAUUUAUGUCUUGAUAUUAUCAUGCCAAGCAGCUGUCACCAGCCCAUUUUUGAUUUUCCUCCCAAACCCUCUUGCUCCUUUUUAUAUUUAUUCCAGUGCUUUGGCUUCACUGGUAUUCCAACUUAUCCUAGCCAUUUCAAAUUUGCAAAAUGUCACUUACUCUCUUCUUGCACUCUUUCCUCAUUUCCUUGUUUUUCUUUCACAAUGCUAAUUCACUGGCAAAAGAUAGCACUACUCUUCUUGAUGUGGGAAAUCAUCAGGUUUUUAAUCCACAGGCAAAGCUCCCGGAUAUCAGAACCAAUCCCCUUUCGGCCUCGAAGAAAUUUGAGGGCUCGUCUGAUUUUAUUGAUCUGAAAUACCAUAUGGGUCCUGUGCUCUCCUCUCCUAUCAACAUUUAUCUCAUUUGGUAUGGGAAGUGGGCUAAUCCCCACAAGCUCCUUAUUAAGGACUUUCUGCUUUCGAUAUCCUCCAAGGGCUCCCCCUCGCCCUCUGUCUCGGACUGGUGGCGCACGGUCUCGCUCUACACGGACCAGACCGGCGCCAACAUUUCGAGAACUGUACUAAUUGCAGGGGAGUACACUGACCAUUUGUACUCCCACGGGAAAGACCUGACGCGACUCACUGUCCAGGACGUUAUAGCCUCCGCGGUUAAAUCCAAGCCUUUUCCGGUAGACCACAAGACUGGGAUCUACCUCAUUCUUACUGCGGAUGAUGUCACAAUGCAGGACUAUUGUCGCGCUGUCUGCGGGUUCCACUACUUCACAUUUCCUUCCAAAGUUGGGUACACGCUACCUUACGCGUGGAUAGGGCACUCCAUCAAGCAGUGCCCUGAGGUCUGCGCGUAUCCAUUUGCUGUCCCCAGUUACAUGGGCGGGGGAGGGCCUGGGGCUCUGCACCCGCCGAAUGGGGACAUAGGAGUGGAUGGAAUGAUAAGCGUAAUAGGCCACGAGCUAGCAGAGCUGUCAUCUAAUCCUUUAGUAAACGCGUGGUACGCUGGGGAGGAUCCGACAUCACCAACAGAGAUCGGGGAUCUCUGCGAGGGAUUGUACGGGACAGGAGGAGGGGGAGGCUACAUUGGACAAGUAAUGAAGGACAGAAAAGGGAGGACAUUCAAUUUGCACGGCAGAAGAGGUCGAAAAUUUCUGGUUCAGUGGAUCUGGAGCCCGAUUCUGAAGGCUUGUGCUGGUCCUAACGCUCUGGACUGACUCAAUCAGUCGCACAACUCCAUUAGUAUUUUCUAUUCCACUCAUCCCUGAGGUCGAACUACAAGCAUCAUAUACCAGAAUAGUCCGUCUUCCUACUCUUUUUGAUUUUUAGAUUCAUAUAUCUUGUUCGAAUGUUCGUUACAAUGUACAGAGGAGUAUAUAUAGUGAUUUGUAUUUCUUAAUCAAAUAAAUCUACCUUAGCUUUUGCUCA